CACGGCAACAUCACACCACCAUCUCGCGAGUGCCUGAACAAUCAAUGUCAGCCCACCACGCAAACUCCUGUCCGUGUAGCUAAUCGAGUUUAGACUGCCAUGGCUCAUAUCAAUGCACGGCCUCCAGCUUGCAGUCGUCGAUGAUGACCAAGGUUUGGGAUGGCCCAUCAGGUGAGAUUCAUGGUGGUGUGAUGAUGGAGAAAACAUGUCCAUCAGUUUUUCCUGUCGUAGAAUGGCGGGAGAAGUGUAUAUAUCUCCAAGGCCCAAGGAAGCUGUCACUAUCUUCGUCAUCACCCUCCACUCAAUCAUAUCAACCGAUCAAUUCAUCACUCAGUCGUCAACGACUCUCCACUCUACAUUUGACUCCCCUCCAUCAUAUUACUCUCUUCGGACGGCUAGACAAAAGUGAUACACCACUCGCGUCUUCAUCUCCUCUCAAACACGACAACACAAUAGAGCUUUACUGCAACACAUCUCUGGUGUAUCGCACAUCAGAAUAACAAACACCCCGCCGACCGCAAUAAUGCCUUCCCCAACACCCAAACCUUCUUUCUUGCGCUCUGCUGCUCUCUACCUGACCGAGCCGCACCCGUACGGCCGCAGACCAGUCACCAUGGCGUCUGCUACAAUUCCCUGGGCGAACUACCCAAAGAGGAUAGCCAGGACUGGUGUUCUAGUCUUGCCCACGUUGGCGUUUGUGCUUGGUUGGCCACUUGCCGGGGCGUGGUUUUACAAUGGGAAGAUGUAGAGAGAAGAGAACCAGUUUGAUCGGCGAUGCAUUGGGUAACGGCGUUCUUUCCCUAGUUACAUCAUGGCUGGAGGUUCGGAUAAAUCACUUAUUUUUUGUUACUCAA